UGGCCGCACGCGCGCGUCUCCUCAGGGCCUUCUCCCAGGUCCAGGCCUGGACCCUGUCUUCUGGGCCGCAGAUGCUGCUCUGUAAAGUGAAAGUGAAAUGAGGAAAGAGGGCCAAGUGGUCUGUAGGGGAAGGGUAAUUAGCAUCUGUGUCAAGGUUUACACUACCGUUCCACCGUCCAGGCUUGCCUAACAGAUGGAGUGAAGCUUCAGAGACUCACUGAGGAGGAAGAAAGAGGACCUCCCUCCUGACUCUUUAGAGAGUGGGUGGAGAACUCUUGCAAUAUCCUUGAGUGUUAUCCAGUAAGAAGAUCUUAAACUGGUGAAUUUAUCAUUGGGUUUUCUGUUGUGGUCAGAGCACUCGCUACAUCCUUUCUCCAUCGGGAAGGGGAAAAAAAAAAAGCGACACUGUUCCUGCACACACUGUCAGACUUAUGAGGCCACAAUUGACAUACAUGCUUGAAGGAGAAAGUGCUCUAUUGUGUCUUGUUUUUCCGUUCGAAUUAUGUCCUCCUGAGACUGUGGCUGACCCUUAGGCCCAUGGCCAUCCUGAAUGUGAUUGACAUGCGUGAUUAGCAGGCAAGUGAGAGAGAACCAGGGAAAUUGCUAUCAAAACAAUUACAUACAGGGACAUCUGAACAAUGGCUUGAGAGCCCCCAGGGACUUAGAGACCAUCCUAGCUCUGCCACGGAUGCCCUCUGGGACUGUGGCCAAGUCAGAUCAUCUCUUUGUGUCUUCGUUUCCUCCUGGUUCCACAAACUAUAUACCCUCUCCUUAGGAGAAGCAGAGAACAUCACUGAUACUUGGAGAAGUGGUUCUAAAGGAUUAUGGAAGAACUAAGGAAGACGAAGAAGAGGCAAGGUCAAAAGCCAGAGUCUUGGCAAGGAAUUAUGGCGAGGAGGUGUAGUGGGAGUUAUGGUGCCAUGACGUGGAUGGGAUCGAAUUCAUCAUUGGACCCCUGGAACCUCUCAUCCAGGACGCCAAGUGUGUGCUUUUGAAGACUUUAUUUCACUCCUGACUGAUUAGAGAUCUACUGAGAUACAGACUCUUGCUGAAGAAUCAGAGGGAGAAGAAAUGGAGUUACGGGGCCAAAUACUGUUGUAAGUUCAAGACAAAAAAAAGAAGAAAGAAAUAGAAAGACAAAAGAAAAAAGAAACAUGAUUGGCAGUGGAAGGAAAACAGAUACAAAUUGCUGUCUUGUCUGGAAUCACAUGUACUCAGGUGACAAUUUACAGAAAGUCAACUCUGCAACUUGAUGGGCGACAACCCUUUUCAGCCAAAAAAUAAUUCAAAAAUGGCAGAACUCUUUAUGGAAUGUGAAGAAGAAGAGUUGGAACCAUGGCAGAAGAAAGUAAAAGAGGUUGAGGAUGAUGAUGAUGAUGAGCCAAUCUUUGUUGGAGAGAUAUCAAGUUCAAAACCAGCAAUUUCAAAUAUUUUGAAUAGAGUAAACCCAAGCUCAUAUUCAAGGGGAAUAAAGAAUGGUGCGCUCAGUCGAGGUAUUACUGCUACAUUCAAGCCUACAAAUCAACACUACACGAACCCAGCAUCAAAUCCAGUAGCUGCCUCGCCUGUAAAUUUUCAUCCUGAAUCUAGAUCUUCAGAUAGUUCUGUUAUUGUUCAGCCUUUGUCUAAACCUGGUUAUAUAACAAACUCAUCACGAGUUGUGUCUAAUAAUUCUUCAGAGUUACUAUUUGAUUUGACCCAGGAUACAGGAUCAUCACAUUACCAAGGGGGACCGACGCUUUCUAUACCAGGUAUGAAUGAAAGUUCGUUUUUAUCAAAACGUCCUUCUACUUCUGAAGUAAACAGCGUUAAUCCAAAAAAACCUAAGCCCAGUGAUGGUGUUUCUGGAAUAAAUUCUUCAGCUGUAUUUCCUUCAGUUAAGUCUCUUUCAGUGACAUCUCCCCAGGCUACAUCAUCAAAAGGUACAAAUACCUCAUCAAAUCAAUCUAAAAAUGGAACACCUUUUCCAAGAGCUUGUCCAAAGUGCAAUAUUCAUUUUAAUCUUUUGGAUCCUUUGAAAAAUCACAUGAAGUACUGUUGUCCAGACAUGAUAAAUAACUUUUUAGGACUGGCUAAAACAGAAUUUUCAAGUACAGCAAAUAAAAAUAAGACUGUUGAUUCAGAGAAAGGAAAAUUGAUCAUGUUAGUUAAUGACUUUUAUUAUGGAAAACAUGAAGGAGAUGUUCAGGAAGAACAGAAGACUCACACAACCUUUAAAUGCUUCAGUUGCUUGAAAAUUCUUAAAAAUAAUAUUAGGUUUAUGAACCACAUGAAACACCACUUGGAACUUGAGAAGCAGAGCAGUGAGAGCUGGGAAAACCACACCACCUGCCAGCAUUGCUACCGUCAGUUUCCCACACCAUUUCAACUGCAGUGUCACAUUGAAAGCACACAUACACCUCAUGAAUUUUCUACCAUUUGCAAAAUCUGUGAAUUAUCCUUUGAAACAGAGCAUAUUCUUUUACAACAUAUGAAGGACAAUCAUAAGCCCGGUGAAAUGCCAUAUAUUUGUCAGGUUUGCAAUUAUAGAUCAUCAUCAUUUUCUGAUGUGGAAACUCAUUUUAGAACAUCCCAUGAAAACACUAAGAACUUGCUAUGUCCAUUUUGCCUCAAAGUUAUUAAAAUUGCAACACCCUACAUGCAUCAUUAUAUGAAGCAUCAGAAAAAAGGAAUACAUCGUUGUACAAAAUGCAGACUGCAGUUUUUGACAUGCAAAGAGAAAAUGGAUCACAAGACUCAGCAUCAUAGAACAUUUAUAAAACCUAAACAACUAGAAGGAUUGCCUCCUGGAACAAAAGUUACUAUUCGAGCUUCAGUUGGACCUCUUCAGUCAGGAUCUUCAACUACAUCUUCCAUUAGUGCAAGCACUUCUACUCUUCAGCUCUCACCUCCAAGGACUAAAAAUCUAACUGCUAAAAUUCCCACAAAAUCUAACACAACCAAACCUAAUACAACUAAACCCAAUACAAGUAAACCUAAUGCAAGUAAGCCUAAUGGAAGUAAAUCUAAAUAUAAAUCAAAAAUCUCUAAUAUACAAAAGAAACAAAGCACAUUGGCUAGUAGCAAUAAAAAAAGUAAAGUCAAUACAGCAUUGAGGAACUUAAGGUAUCGUCGGGGAGUUCACAAGUGCAUUGAGUGUUGUUCCGAAAUAAAAGAUUUUGCAAACCACUUUCCUACGUAUGUCCAUUGUAGUUUUUGCAGAUACAACACUAGCUGUAGCAAAGCCUAUGUAAAUCAUAUGAUGAGCUUUCAUAGUAAUCGUCCAAGUAAAAGGUUUUGUAUUUUUAAGAAGCACUCAGAAGAUCUCAGGGGCAUUACUCUAGUGUGCCUUAAUUGUGAUUUCAUAGCUGAUGUUUCUGGCUUAGAUAAUAUGGCCACACACUUAAGUCAACAUGAAACUCAUACUUGUCAAGUUGUAAUAGAGAAAGUUUCUGUUUGUAUCCCAACUUCUGAACAUCUUUCUGAAUUAAAAAAUGAAGCUCCCACCAAGGAACAAGAACCUGUGUCUGAGGAAAUUACAAGAACUAAUAUGGCUGAAGGAGAAACAGAAACAUCAAAUUCUGAAAGUAAACAAGAUAAAGCUUCUUCAGAGGAAGAAAAAAAUGAAUGUGUUACAAAUUCAUUUGAAGGCUCAUUAGCAACAAAAAAUGAAGAAAGCAUAACAGUGUCAAGUAAGGAAAAUGAUACCUGUCUUGAAGAUCAGAAAACUGGCUUAAAGAAUAUCUUCAGCCAUGAUUCAAAUAUUGAUGCAGAUAAAGUAGAAAAGGAAAAACAAAUAGAGCACGUUUGUCAGAAAAUGGAGUUGAAGAUGUGCCAAAGUUCAGGAAACAUAAUUUCUUGUGAUCAGAAUGAAGAUUCCAACUCCAGUGAAGCUAAGUUUUCUUCAAAGAAUGUUAAGGAUUUGCGGUUAACAUCUGGUGAUGUUAGCAUUGAUCAAUUUUUGAGAAAAAGAGAUGAACCUGAAUCUGUUAGUUCUGAUGUUAGUGAGCAAGGCAGUAUUCAUUUAGAACCUUUGACUCCAUCAGAGGUACUUGAGUAUGAAGCCACAGAGAUUCUUCAGAAAGGUAGUGGUGAUCCUUCAGCCAAGACUGAUGACGUAGUAUCUGAUCAAACUGGCAGUGUUCCUGGGGAAAAUAGCCCUAGCACAACAGAGACAACAGUAGACCUGGCAGAUGAAAAAGAAAGAAGUUGAAAUUUAUUAGUCAUUCUAAGUUUAGUGUACAACGGUAAUAACAUUUGGAACAGUGCUAUCAGGUGAACUCAGUGGUUCUGUUCUGUAGAGUUCAGAAAUAGAAAAAUGUGAGGGAGGUCAUUCAUCUACACUUUACCUGUAUGUUCAAUCCAGGUUAUUAAAGAAAUCAAUUCACCCAUAAUAGCAUGAUUUGUAUGGAUUUCCAAAAAGCCUUUAAAACUAUUAUGGAUUUUAAUGAAAGCUAAGUUUGCAAUGGAAAAGUCUCAUUUAACAGUUUUUGAAGAGAAGUUGGUGGCCAGUAUGAAUUGAUUUUUAGAAUAUUAAUUAUAAUGAUAAAGCUUUUGAAACUUCCAUCAGUCCUAAGCUAAAAGUUCUUAGUACCUAUAUAUUCUUUUCAGGUUACUUAAAGGAAGAGAUUUGGAAACCACAUACCUUUUGGGAAUAAUUGAUUUAAAGUAAUGGCUGAUAGGCAUUGUUAACGAAGGCUUCAUUUCGAGUAUGAUGCUGGUAAAUGGGGCAUGCUUAGAGUGCUAAGUUAAUUGAUCUAAUGAGAAUUUGGAUGAACGUAAAGUUAAUUUUGGAUUUAAUAUAACAUUCCAGACUGUCACAAGCAUGUAAACAGAAUAUUUGAAUCUGUGUACCUCCCUACAAGUGUGAGCCUGCAAGGCUGUAAGCUUACCUUAAUUAAACUUUCAGUGAAAGUGACAUUAUUAAUAUGUAAAUUUAUAUUUGUGCUUUUUGUCAGUGUGUAAGCUGUGCAGAAAUCCCUUGAUGUGCUAGUUGUAUAAAAUAGAAACCCAUUGUUGAAACUCCUGUAGCUAUUAUCCUUUUAAUAUUGUUUUAAUGAUCUUUAGAAAUAGACCCAUAAAAAUGGUCUGGACACCAAACCAAAGUAUGGUAUAAUGUAGAUAUUGUAAAGCAGUAAACGGAAAACAUGUCCUGGCUCAUGCCAUGUUUAAGUGACUUUUUCUUUAAUUGUAAAAUAGAAACUUCAAAUGGGACCUAAAGCAGUGAUGUAAAAAAUUGGUUUGGGACAUUUAGUCUAAUUUAUCCAUAUCCUAUUUUAUCCAUAAAAUGGCUGCUAAAUAGAUUUUUCAGUUGUUUUUUAUCAUCUAGAAAAUAGUAGAUAUAGAAAUAAAUAAUAUGGAUAAAGUAGUUUGCUUUAAAGUACUUAAAAUUUUAUUUAAAAUGCUACAUUUUUACUUCUUAAAAUGUGCUUUGAAUUCUUAAAUUUUGUUUCAUUGAAUGUUAAAUGUUUUAAAUGGCUAUUAAAAUUCUGCUGUAUAUAGUAGUUUUUGAGUAAAUAUUUGCAAUAAAAAUCUGUCCCUGAAUAAUUUUAUUUUUCAGAAACCUGCUUGAGUUGGAUUACCUUUGGCGCCUUUAGAAAUUGUAUACUUGUUCAAGGAAAUUUCAUGUUGAAGUUAGUGGUAGGAUUUCAUUCUGUAUUCUUUAAUUGAUGCAUGAUUUAUUUUAAAUUAGGACUUAAAGUACAGGGGAAAAUACUGUUAAUAUUUACAGAGAAUAUAUCUGCUUUAAAAAUUCUUUUAUUGCAAGAGAAAUAUAAUUUACUAUUCUAGUUUUCUAUCUGCCCAGCAAAGUAAAAAGAGUAAACAGGCAAAAUAUAUUAUUGAUUUACUUUCUCGAAAAGUUUUUUUUUUUGAGGGGGUCACAUAUUUUCAUCUUUCCUGCUACCAAGAAAAGAUAGGGAGAGAGGGACUUUUUAGCUGUUACCCUUCACCUUGUUGAAACAUAAGAGUAUAGCAGACAAGAUUUUUGGAGUAAUUUAAACCUUAGAAGUGAAGGAGUAGAAGAAAGUCUAUGUAAAGACUAUUUUAUGAAUCUUAUUCAAUUAAUCGGCUGGCAGAUCACCUAAUGUACAAAACCCUAGAUCACUGUGCCAAAAUAAGUCUCUAAUGACACUGUUAUCCCUUUGAGCUUUGGGUAGUUCCUUCUUCUGUGGCUAUAUACCUUUAGAGUAGUUGUGUUCAACAUAGCUAAUCAGUGAACUGUUUAUGCCUAUCCAUUAGGAGAAGAGGAAACUGUACCAAACUCUAAGGAAAGUCUGGCAAUGAAAACAAAAGUGUAGUUGAAAUAAGCAUCGUAUUUGGUAACAUAGUUGGUUUAUGUUCUCAUACCAUCUCCUUAUUUCCAUUGAGGAACAAACAGUUCAGGUGCACAGACCAAGCCUUUGAGUAGCAGUGCUUUAGAACAGUGGACAGCAAACUUCUGUGUAGGGCCAGAUAGUAAAUAAUUGUGGACCAUACGGUCACAAUUAUUCUCAACUCUUCCUUGUAGCUUGAAAGCAGCUGUAGAUGUAAUGUAAAUAAUAGCUUGUUUGUGUUCCAAUAAAACUUUAUUUACAAAACAAGAAUGUUUGGCCCAUGGAUUGUGGUUUGCCUUUGCCUGCUUUAGAGUGCUUAGACUGACUUAAUCUGACACUGAAAGCCAGUGAUGCACUCUAGUGACUGUUUGCCUAGGAACUACCUACCAAGGUGCCUUAGCGUAUAAUAGUUCCCUGUUACCUGACAAUAAACUUAGGAUUGAUUUUAAGUGCAGUUCAGUGACACUAAGAAGCAUUAUAUUCAUUUUGUGGAUAUACUUUUAAUUUACAUUGAAAAUCUGAAUGCCAUAUUUAUUUGUAUUCUUUCUUUCCCUUUGUGUCUCUCCAAUAGGGAGGAAAUUGGAAUUUUUUUCAUCCAUGAAUUUUUUUAAGAACUAUUCUAAACAUUUUAAAAAGGAACUGAUAAUAUACAAGUCACUUUGUUUUAGCUGUAAGUAAAAAGAUGAGGAAACCAAAUAUCUAGGCAAUUAUUGGCCUAAGGUUAAAAAGCUAAGAUUUGAAUGAAAUUUGAUCUUGAUUCUGAAACAGAAUCUGAAGCAGGCUUCAAGCUCUGAGGUGUCAGCGCAGAGCCUGACUCAGGGCUCGAACUCCCGAACCAUGAGAUCAUGACCUGAGCCAAAGUUGGAUGCUUAACCAACUGAGCCACUAAAGAUAUACUUUAUAUAAUAAUUAUAUAAAUUUAACAUCAUUAAAUUUUUGUAGGCUUCUGUAAUGUCAUUUUUUUACUUCAUGGUUGACAUGAUUAUUUUUGUUCCAUCAAAAUCAUUACUCCAAAACCACUCACUUGUACUGACUUCAAUGACAUAGUACUUUUGUAUGUAUGUAGACACUACAGAAGAAGUGCAAAUAUUUCAUUUUUACUAGAUUACCUUAACAAUAAGACUUGUUUUUUCAGUUAAGAAAUGAAACAUUUAACUUACCUAUUUCUAAGUAUUAAAAGAGAGAAAGUUAUUUUUAAAUUAUUUUUUCAAAUGAGACACAUGUGCAGAUCCAUGUAGACAAAAAAAUAGUAUUAGAUUUUUAAAAGUCAUGGCAAUGUUUAAUUUUUACCCCAAAAGCUAUAAAUUAAAAGAUACUUGUAAGGAAUUAAACACAUCUUUAGCAAACAAAUGUAACUUUGUAGAGGAAUGAGAUAUCCUGAGAAAUCACUUUUACAAUUAUGUAAAUUGCAUGUUAAAAAUAUUAUAAAACCAGUUUCAUUAUUUAAAUGAAUAUACUAAGCAUAAUUUAGUCUUCUUUGAUGACACAGUGUAUCACCAUGAAGAUUAUUGAGCUAAGCUGUAAAUGAAGCCAUAGCUAUAGAUGUUAAUGGCCUGAAUACCUGCUGAUCACAGAAGUUACCUUGGAUUUUGGUUUCUAGAAAAUAUCCCAGGUACAUCUGGGGUCAUUUGGCUUUUCCAAAAACAGAACAGAAAAAUUGACUGUAUCACUCACCCAAUCCAACCUCUUUUUAAAAAUGACUAAAACCCUUUAAAUCUUAAAGUAUAACUUGCCAUUUGUGGGGAAUUUGGGAGAAUUUAAACUAUAAUUUUAAAUUUUUUAAAUAUUUCAAGUCUUCAUCCACUGCCUUAAAAACAUGACUUUAAUUGUUCUGUAUCAGGGGCUAGCAGACAGUGACCCACAGUUGGCCACCUGUUUUUAUAAACAAAAUUGUAUUAGAAAAUACCCAUAUCAUUUGUUUAUAUAUUGUCUGUUGUAGUUUUUGCACUGCAAUAGCACAACUGUACCAGACAGAGACCAUUUGGCUCACAGGCCCAAAGCUUAAAUCUGGCACUUUAAGAAAACGUUUGCUAGCACCUGCUCUAUAUUUUUUAUGUAAGUAUAUCAUAAUUUUAUAAUUAUUUUAUUGUCACUUUAUAAACACUACAGGGAAGCUCUCACUUCAUAAAUUUUGGUCUUGUUAUUACCUGUAGGGAGUCUAAGUGCAAUACUAGAUUGAAGAAUAUUUAGUUUUUAAGUAGCCAAAUACCAAUACUUAACUUUAAUUAUCUUCCCAUGAUGCUUGUGGAAAGCUUCUUGUUCCAGUAUGAACUCCUAGAGUUAAGAGUUUACUUAUCUUGAUUUUAUUUUGACUCUUCAAACAAAUUUAGCUUUUUUAACCUAAUGUGACUUUAAUUUAUGCUAUUCACCAAGUAUUUCCAAUGUGUGGUAAUGUGACUGUUACCUAGCCAGUGAGUUGUGAGUGAAAAGUUAUUUCAAUUUGGAUCAUUUAAGUGUUGAUACGAGACUCUUUAGAACUUUCUUUUCUCUCUGACAUGGUGAUGAUGAUUGCUGCAUCAGGCUGGGUUCCUGAGGGACUGUAAACCUAGCCUCCCUGUUUAGAUGGACAUAUAGCGUGAGGGAGAAAUAACCAUUUUUGUUUUAGUUAAUACAGUUAGGGAAUACCUCAUUUGAUACAGGAUUAGUCCUGAAAGUGGAGUGCUGCCAUAAAAAGAAGCAAAAUUGAACUAAAUUAAACUAUAUUGCAUUGGCUUAGGUGACAGGUGGUAAAGCUACAUGAGGUGAUCCACAUUUGCUGUGGUGAAACGUUUGGUAAACUUGCCUGCAAUACUUGGAAGAAAAAUAAUAUAGUGAAGUUUUAUCUCUAUUGGAAGAGUUUGGAUAACAAUUUUGUUUAUUAGUUGCAUUUGACAGUUGCAUUUUAAGAAAGACAUGAACCCAGAUGAGAAAUGGUAAGAUAUCCAUUGGAAACAAAAUAAGAAAAGUCCAGAAAUUCAGGCACUUGAAAAGCUGGGAAAGACAGAACUUCUCAUCCCCAAUCAGUCGAACAAGAAAGCCUUUAAGUAACAAAGCUAAAUUAAUUCAAGAAUAUGGCCAUCAUACUAAUUGUUUUAAAUGUCUAAUUUGGUUAAGGAGAUCCCGCCUCCAUAGUGUUUCUAUGUAGGAAUUCUUUCACAGCAUUUCUUGGGAAAUUUAUGUAUUUUUCUGAAUCUCAUGACCCAUCAUUCAGGAAAUUAGUGAAACAGGAAGAAGAAUUGCAACUAAGCAAGAAUUAAAGCUUAGUAAUGAAUUUAGAGCCAUUAUUGGACUGAAGGAAUCCACUGAAGUCAAGCACAAAAGCAAGAAUGGGGAAUGCUGAUAUAGAGUCCAAGAAUAAGUUCAACAUUUCCAGGAAUCAGAACAGGAGGACAUGGAAGAGAAGUUGUCACAACCUGAUCAUUCAGUCUUACUUGUAGCUAUUGCCAUGUUAUGAAUGUAUGUCUAUGUUCCUGUCUGCUACUAACGGUGAGUCAUUCUUAUAAGUAAAAUAAAUAUGAAUAGGAUUAUAUAUAUAGAGUAUACUUUAUGCAAAUCCCAUCACUGGUGUUCUAAGAAAUAACACAUGGAAGCAAAUUAAUUCCUUACAUUGUCAGUUUUGACCUGUGAUUCUGUGUCCUGUCCCUUCAUGGGACGUCCAAAUGUAACCUUCAAAUACUACCAAAUAAACUUGUCAGCAUUUCUAAGUUUGUAUGAUUAUUUGCCAAAGGCUGCUGUUCUUUGCAAAUACUUUAACUAGAAAUGCAAAGAAAAGAAGUAAAUGUUUUGGCAUAUAAUGAAAUGAAGUUAGAAACUGAUCUAAACUCUAAAUUAGAAAAAGCAGUAUCAAUUUCAACAGCAAGACCAAAAUCAGGGAAAGCCGACAAAAUAUUUUCAUCAUUAAAAAGGAAAAGAACUUUUAUAAAUCAACAUGUAACCAAAUGCCAGCUUAUAGAUGUUUUUGGACAAUUCUUAGCAAUUCAACUAAUAGAAAUGUGAAUAUGAAAGAUAAGUUUCUAUGUCUGAAAUGUUUGUAACAAAAUAAAGAUAAAAACUAUCAGGUCAAUUAAUGCAUUGUGUGCUUUUAAGUUUCAUUUUAAGAUAAACUUAUAACAAGUAUUUGUAGUACUUACAGUUUAAAAUGAUUUUAAUUUGGCGUCUAUGCUAAUAUUUCCUUCAUUUAAUGUUUUCUGUUGUCAAAUGUCUGUGUCAGGCAAAGAGAGUGGUAUUGAAAUAUAUAAUAUUGUCACAGUACAUUGGUUCCUAUUAAGAAAUCACAUAUUUAUGUCUUUUUAACAGAAAAUAUAAACAUUUAGCAGAAAAAUGAUGCAGUAUUUAUUAUGGUGAUAACUAUUUUAAAAUAUAUUAAUUAUAGUGUUAUGAAAAGUACAGAAUGAUGAAUGCAUAUAAUUUGGGGAUUCCUGAGAAUUCCCAGAAAUGUUAUUCUUUAUUCCUAUUUCCUAAAUAUUAAUGUCUGUCAGGAAUUGGAAAUGCUAAUGCCCAGUAAAUCUGUUCAGGUAGACAAAAUGGCUUAGGAAAUGGGUGCUGAAGUGUCAGUCUUGUAUCAAUGCCUGAUGGGCUCAAGGUACUCCAGUUAAGUGGGGACCAUUUCUUUAAAAUUGUGGGUGUGACUAUUGGCUCAUUGCUAACUGGAAUCAUAUAAAAAACAAAAAUUUGGAGAGAGGUAUACUGUCAAAGAAACCAUGAAUUUGGACUAAAAGUUUAUAAAUGUUCAAGUCUUAAAAUGAACCCUUGAGUCCCCAACUUUUUUUUUUCUUUCCAAGUUUUUAUUUAAAUUCCAGGUAGUUAAAAUACAGUGUAAUAUUAGUUUCAGGUGUAGAAUCUAGUGACUCAGCACUUCCAUACAGCACCUGGUGCUCAUCACAACAAGUGCCACCCCUAAUCCCAUCACCUGUUUACCCUGUCUCCCCACCCACCUCCCCUCUGGUAACCAUCAGUGUGUUUGUUUUCUGUAAUUAAGAGUCUGUUUCUUGGUUUGUCUCUUUCUUCUUUCCCCCUAUGUUCAAUUGUUUUGUUUCUUAAAUUCCACAUAUGAGUGAAAUCAUAUGGUAUUUGUCCUUCCCUGGCUGACUUAAUUACACUUAGCAUAAUACUCUCUGGCUUCAUCCAUGUCAUUGCAAAUAGCAAGAUUUCAUUCUUUUUUAUGCCUGAGUAAUAUUCCAUUGUAUAUAUAUACCACAUCUUUGUCCAUUCAUCAGUCGAUGGACAUUUGGGCUCUUUCCAUAAUUUGGCUAUUGUUGAUAAUGCUGCUAUGAAGAUUGGAGUGAAUAUAUUCCUUCAAAUUAGUAUUUUUGUAUCCUUCGGGCUCCCACCUUUCUAUAUGAUGUAGCAGAUGGAACCUAUUACCCAAUAUCCACCUCAGAUGUGAUCAGAAGGAUAAAGAAAAAAGGAAGGGCCUCUUUGAUGGUGGGAUCAAUAGCUAUAGACAUCAGUGGAUUAGGGAUCCCCUCAAGGAAUUUUUGAGCCACCAGAGUAGAGCAUUCUUGUAUCAAGGAAUUGUUUUGGACCAGUGACUGUGUAUCUCCCAAAUUCCCCUUUCUAUUUCUGUUUCAACCUUGUAUGUGUAGGAGACGGAUAGCUUUUCAAUUCAUAGGUCAAUAGUUAAGAGGAGACUAGUGCAUACCAUUACCCAAUUUAGAGACUGGCAGGAGAUACUGAACUUUGAGCUUGCUGCCAUUGAUUUAAUGGGACUUUUUAGUUACUUCUGCUUAGAAGAGAAACUGUAUUUGGGCUGUAGGAAGGAGGGUGCACUGAAUAGCUAUUGACCAGAAAGAUGGUCCCAUAUGGUUAGGUUCUCCCUAGAGAACCAGACACAACAGGAUGACACUUCCUUUAUGCGUGAGUGGGGCAAUCUGUCUGGGUCUAUGAAUUGUAAGCAAAUGUGACAUGUAACUUCUGAACUCAAGCACUGAAUUGCCAGUAUGAGACCUUCUAGACUCUUAUCUUUCCUCUGAUUUGUUUACUGGCACUGUUUGAGAUGGUGGUUGCUCUGUCAUCUGAGUAACUAAUGAACAGAAAAAUCACCGGUCCAGUUUGCAAUGGACUCUUAAAAUGAGUGAGAAAUUUUUGUUGCUGUUACUAAUUGAGAUUUGGGGGUGGUUACUACAAUAUAAGUCUAACCUAUCCUGACUGAUAAUAUCGUGAAAAUCUUUUUGAGCCAGUGCCUUAGAACCUGUGUCAGAAUUUCCUAACCUUUUAGAACUACCUCAGCAAUUCUUAGUUUUUACUAUUUUUAAAUUAGUCCCCCUUGGGAUUGUUAAGAAUCAGGGUUUUGUGCAUAAUUAAAAAAAUAGUUUUAGACCUUUGACUUCUGAUAAAUUUGGAAUAAUAAGGAUUGGAUUUACCUUCCCCCAUGAAAUAAACAAACCAAAAAAGCAACAUAAAACAAUGGUUUUCAAGACAGUGACCUCAAGAACGAAAGGUAGUGAAUCCAUGAGAGAAAACAAAUGUGGUGAGCCCUAUGAUUGCCUGAGUUUACAGCCUUGAGAGUUUACAAGCCAAGAAACAGAGGAAGGUAAGUGAGACAAAACCUGAGAGAUUCAAUGAGGUGAGAAGACACAGCUGAGAGUCUGGAAAGGCCCAGAGAAGAAGAGUUCAUAGGACCAAGUCCCAGAGAGGAGAGAGCUGCCCUGAUGUGCGGUAUUCUGCAGAGUACUUUGUUUUAUGUGAGAAACUAACCAGGGGGAAGGAAAGAAAAAUCCAAAAGGAUUAGGGGAAAUAGUGUUGGCAUUUUAAACAGGGCUAGAAAGUGCAUAUUCCUAAAGGCCAGAAUGAAAAAAAAAUGUAUAAUUCAUGGAGCAUUGGGUAGAGAACUCAGGGAAGUCUUGCCUCAGUAGUAUGGAAAUAAUUAGCCCUAGACUGAGCACUGCUCCGUACCCAAUGAACAAAUCAUAAAACAAGACCUGAAAGGGUCAAGUAAUUUCCACAUUAAGCAGAACAAGAGUAAAAAAAAAAAUUUUUUUUUACACAAAAGUAAAAUUCACAAUGUCUGGCAUCCAGUAAAAGAUUACCAGGCACACAACGAGGCAGGAAAACUUGGUCAUAAUAAAGAAAAUAGCUGGUCAAAAUUGACCCAGAACUGAUAUAGAUGUCAGAAUUAGGACAAGACAUUAAAAUAGUUAAUAGAAUUAUCUUCAAAAAUUAAGAAGAUACUUAAAAAUCAAAAUUGAUCUUUAGAGAUAAAAACUACAUCUGGGAUAAGAAUUGUGAGAUUAAUGGCAGAUCAGACAGGGCAGAAGAAAAGUUUAGAGAUUUUAAGACAGCAAUACAAACAAUCCAGUGAGCUGCAAUUGAGGCCUAAUAUUUUCCAAACAUGAACACUAUACAGCUGCGUAUCCAAGAAGCUCAACAAAUCCCAAGUACAUGAUACAUGAAGAAAACCCACAAAAGUAGCAUAAUAAAGUUUCUCAAAACCAGUAAUAAAGGGAAAAUUG